AGCACCUCCUGCAGUUCGACUCAGAGGCAUUGGAGAAGCACCUGCAGGCGGUGCCGCUGCCGUCGCUGCUGCUGCUUUCCCCUCAUGACCAAGCCAUCUUCUUUCCGGACGAGGUAACACGCCCCUUGAGUUAUGCUGGUGUGCUCGUCAUGUCCCUGCUGCUGCUGUCCCCGCACGACCGGGCCACCUUCUUUUUGGAAGAGGCCCAACAGCAGUCUCAACCAAGGCAGGAUAUCUCCUCCUCUCUUUCCCACUGGUGGCUGGACCCUGGGUGCUAUGCCACGGAUGAGAGCGACUGGGUGGCGGUUGAGGCGAUUCACAGUGGUGCAGAGGAGUUCAGAGCAGUAGGGGACGACGAGGAGGGUGAGAGUAGAGAAGGAGGGCGUGACUUGGGAAGGCAGCAGGGAGAGGAGAAUGAGUUGCAGCAGCAGCAGAAGCAGCAGCUUCAAAAGUCCUUCCUCCCUCUGACACCACAGCCUGCAGCAGCCUCUGGACUGGCACCGAGCACACAGGAGGGCACAGCAAAACAGCAGCUAAAACAGUCGGGAAAGCAACCAGGAAGGAAGAAUGAUGCGCAUGAGCAUGGGCUCGCAGGGGUAGAUGAUUUGGAUGAGCUUCUGGGAGGACAGGCAGGGAGCAGCAGCGGUGCAACCAGAGCAGAGAAUCUGCAGACGAAGCAGAAAGCAACAGGGGCAGCAGCCCCUGUGAACGUGCAUGGGCAUGGGAAUGUGCAUGGUUUUGCGGGGGAAGAUGAUUUGGAUGAGCUGCUGGUAGGGCAGGCAGAGAGCAGCAGAGGUGCAAGUGCAACCAAGGAAGAGGUGAAGGUAGCAGGUGGUUUGGGUGUGGCUACUGUAGGUGCUGCACAGGUGACACCAGCAGCAGUGCCACAGACACUGCUGGAGAUACAGCGGCACAGCCAGCAGGUGUUUCUCCAGCAAGUACCCACACUCCCUCCACUGCCGCCCCUCCCUCCUCCGCCCCUGCUUGAAGCCCCUGCUGCUGCUGCUGCUGCCGUGCCACACUCUCCCCCUCUGAUGUUCCCCCCUCUUGUCUGCCCCCCUCUCGUCUCUCCCGCCCUUGUUCCUCCCGCUUUAGUCCCUGCCAGAGCUGCUGCUGCUGCCUCUGCUGCUUCUACUGCUGCUGCUGCUGCCGCCACAGGCGUGGGGGCAGCAGUGCAGGCGUGUGGAGGCCACGUGGCAGCCGCCCUGCACAGCCAGGAGAGGCUGGACGCGGCUCUUGGGAGACUGGCAGCUGGUAGCCAGGAGAGGCUGGACGCGGCCCUUGGGAGACUGGCAGCUGGUGGGUGUGCUGAUGGGUGUGUAUGGGUGUGGAUGGGUGCAUGGAUAUGUGCCCCUCCUGCCCCUCCUGCCUCUCCUCCCUCUUCUGCCCUUCUUUCCUCUCCUUCCCCUCCUGCCUCCCCUGCCCCUCCUUCCUCUCCUGCCCCUCCUGUAUCCCACUCUGCCCUACAUGCAUGCCCCACAUCAGAGCUGGACGGCAUACAGGAGGGGUUGCCCAUGCCAGUCAUGCCGCCAUGCACCACUCGCAUUAGGCUGCCCAUGCCGGUCAUGCCGCCAUGCACCACCCGCAUUGAUAUUCCCCCCUCUGCCUCUCCUCCCUCUCUUGCCUCUCCUGCACCCACACUGCCCUGCCCCAUUCCCAUCAGAGCUGGACGGCAUACUGUAGAGGCUGCCCAUGCCGGUCAUGCCGCCAUGCACCACUCGCAUUGCCACUGCUCCUCCCCUCCAUUCCCUCCACCCGUCUAUAUGUCCUGA